AUGCAGUGGUUCACGCAGAUGUGUUCCAGGCUGGCAUAUUGUCUUGCUUGGGGCCCAUACUCCAACAAGGAGUGCUGUGGAGACCUUCGGGAAAACGCACCUCAGGAUCAUCGGGCACCACACAAAUUCACCAUUUCGUACCGAUUCCCAUUGUCGUCUGGGAGUCCAUCCCCUCCUCCCAUCCUACUAUCGUCGCCCAAUCUGGCGCAUCAAAACAAACCCGGACCCUCCAACCCCUAUCUUGCCCUCCCGCCGCCUGAAGACGAGAUCCCCGACCUCGGCGAACUGCCCUCUGAACAACCACCUUCACCCCCACCUACUACACCUGCUCGUACCAUGUCAGGACAUCACCGCAUCACCCUUGCCGCCAACCCCCCCUACUUCAAUGGGGACAAGUCCAGAUAUAUGGGCUUUGUGGACUCAUGCACCACCUACAUUGGUGCCUAUCAGUCGGAAUUCUUGCAGGACAAGACAAAAAUUCUCUUCAUCCUCUCGUACCUCCGCAACGAGGCUGGCACGAGCUGCGCUGCCUCGAGAUGGGCAAUGAACUGGAAACAGCGCAACUUCAAAAGCCUCAAUGGACUGAAAGCUGGGGUCACCUCGGCGACCUUCUUGGAGGAGCUUCAGAGGGCCUUUGGGGAUUCCAACGCGGAGCAAGUUGCCGCCGCUCGACUUAUGGCUCUACGCCAGAAUAGACGAUCCUUUGCGGAUUAUAUCUCUGACUUCAAGAUGCUGGCUGCGGAUGCGGGGUACAACGUGGUCACCUCGACCAAUGACAAGGGCGAGUACAAGAAGGGGGAUCAGGACAACAUCCUCAUCGAGUUCCUCGAGCGCGGGUUGAGCAGCGAGAUUGCAAGUCGCCUUUACAACACUGGUGUCCCUCUGCCCAAGGCGUAUGGUGCCUUCAAGGACUGGUGUGUCAACAUUGAGGCAAACGCUCUACGCAAUCAGCUGCGCAAAGCAUCGCAUGUGCACUCUGCACCACGACCGCCUCCCCAAUUCCGCCCGCAGGUAGCCCCAACAACGCCUGCACCCGCUCUGACCCGGCCGGCUGCCAACGAACCGGUCCCAAUGGAAAUCGAUUGCACCCAUGCCCGCGGCCGCAAUAUCAUCUGCUACAACUGUCAGCAGCCCGGACACAUUGCGCGGAACUGUCCGGAACCAAGAAAGAAGCGCACAUUCUUCAAUCGGGCCACGAUGCUUGAAGAAAUUGAGAAUGGGGACAAGGACAACGAGUUCCUCAAGGAGAUCGCCGAGAAGCUGCGCAAGAAGGGUUUUUGA